AUGGCUGCCACUAACUGCCUGAAUGAUAAGCAACCUAAGCUGGCGUACGGGCCUUCUUCUGCAACACUACACGUCGAAGGCAGGGAACAGUCUGACCCUAACGGGUGCUUCACACAGAGACUGGAGGCAAUAUUUACAGGCUUUUGGGCUCAGCUGGAAGAACGAUUAGCUACCUCACCACAUCAGCAUCUGAGAGAGGCUUGUCGGACAAAGCAACAU